CACAUAUACAUACACAUAUGGAGGGAAAAAGAGAGAUGGGUAGUUACAAAUUCUGUCUGAUCUUCACGAGGAAGUUCAGGAUGACGGAGUCUGGUCCUGUCCCUGACGUCAGAGAGCUUUUCGAGAAAUACGCCGACGGUGAAGCUCAUAUGUCGCCAGAGCAGCUACAGAAGCUCAUGGCGGAGGAAGGAGGAGAAGGAGAAACAAGUCUAGAGGAAGCGGAGAGAAUCGUUGACGAGGUUCUUCGCCGGAGACAUCACAUUGCAAAGUUCACCAGAAGAAACCUUACUCUUGAUGAUUUCAAUUAUUACCUGUUUUCUACUGAUCUUAACCCUCCAGUCGGCGAUCAGGUCCAUCAAAACAUGGAUGCUCCACUGUCGCAUUACUUUAUAUACACAGGCCAUAAUUCUUACUUAACUGGAAAUCAGCUCAGUAGCAACUGCAGUGACCUUCCUAUUGCAGAUGCAUUGAGACGAGGCGUGAGAGUGGUUGAGUUGGAUCUUUGGCCACGUGGUACCGAUGAUGUCUGUGUUAAACAUGGAAGGACCUUGACAAAGGAAGUGAAAUUGGGAAAAUGUUUGGAUUCCAUUAAAGCUAAUGCCUUUGUUACUUCAAAGUAUCCUGUUAUUAUCACUCUUGAAGACCAUCUCACGCCAAAACUUCAGUUUAAAGUUGCCAAGAUGAUAACUCAGACAUUUGGAGAUAUGUUGUAUUACCAUGAUUCUGAAAGUUGUCAAGAAUUUCCUUCACCGGAAGAGUUGAAAGAAAAGAUUCUAAUUUCAACAAAACCUCCAAAAGAGUACUUAGAAGCUAACGAUGCGAAGGAGAAAGAUAGUGGAGAGAAAGGGAAGGAUUCGGAUGAGGAUGUAUGGGGCAAAGAGCCAGAAGACCUUAUUUCUACGCAAUCUGAUCUUGAGAAGGUCACAAGCAGUGUAAAUGAUCUUAGUCAAGAUGAUGAAGAAAGAGGGUCUUGUGAGUCUGAUACGUCAUGCCAAUUACAAGCACCAGAAUACAAACGUCUUAUUGCCAUCCAUGCUGGGAAGCCAAAAGGCGGUUUACGGAUGGCUUUAAAGGUUGAUCCGAACAAAAUCAGGCGACUUAGUCUGAGUGAGCAAUUACUUGAGAAAGCUGUAGCAUCAUAUGGUGCAGAUGUUAUAAGAUUCACUCAGAAGAAUUUUCUGAGGAUAUAUCCCAAAGGCACAAGGUUUAACUCUUCAAACUAUAAACCUCAGAUCGGUUGGAUGAGCGGAGCUCAAAUGAUUGCAUUCAACAUGCAGGGGUAUGGCAGAGCUUUGUGGCUGAUGGAAGGAAUGUUUCGAGCUAAUGGAGGGUGCGGUUAUGUCAAGAAGCCAGAUUUUCUUAUGGAUGCAGGUUCUAAUGGACAAGGUUUUUAUCCCAAAGAUAAUUCGUGUCCAAAGAAAACUUUAAAGGUGAAAGUCCUUAUGGGAGAUGGAUGGCUCCUAGACUUCAAAAAAACUCACUUUGAUUCUUAUUCUCCUCCAGAUUUCUUCGUUAGAGUGGGUAUUGCCGGAGCACCUGUUGAUGAGGUGAUGGAGAAAACAAAAAUAGAGUAUGAUACAUGGACACCCAUUUGGAAUAAGGAGUUCACAUUCCCGUUAGCAGUUCCUGAACUUGCUCUUCUCCGUGUUGAAGUCCAUGAGCACGACGUAAAUGAAAAAGAUGAUUUUGGAGGUCAAACUUGUUUACCAGUGUCCGAGAUAAGGCAAGGCAUACGCGCUGUUCCACUCUUUAAUCGCAAGGGAGUGAAAUACAGCUCCACACGGCUUCUUAUGCGCUUCGAGUUUGUCUGAGACGCCAUUUUGGUGCGUGUAUCCAUCUAGAUUUAUAUCUUCUUACUUUAUUUGAUAUGUUGUGUUUUAUGUGUCUUAUGCUUCUUCAUGGAGGAAUAAAAUUUGAUCUUUUAC